AUGUCCGUCGUUAACGAGACGGUCUGCGCCAGUCUACAUAAAUUCUUUUCGAUUUCAUUAUCAUUAUUACUGACUAAGGAUUUAAUUAUAUCCACGUUUUUACAUGGAUCGCAAUUCAAUCAAAUUCACAGUGCCCCGGUCACGUAGGUAAUAUCGGCGCGGGUAUACGGAGCGAUGAUACGGGCGACGGCGGUUUCGCGGACGAUAAAUCUGAUAAAAAUGACGUGUUGAGAAGAUACGCUUAUCGCUUGACGGGGAGCGUCGAAGGAAUUGCAAGAGGUAGGAUGGAGGAGAGCACGGGCUCGGAGAAUGUCUGGCACAAGGGCAAGCCCGAGGAGCGCGGCGAGCUGUUUCAAGGGGAGUCCACGGCCGCGUCCGUAGAGGCCAACUCCACCUCGCUGGCCGAUAUAUUCGACACGGCGUUCACGUCGACGGUCGAUCCAUCCCCGCAGCCUCGCUUUCCAUCAGGUAACGAAAUGGAGUACGAGCACUUGUUCGCCGAGAGCGACAUCGAGGAGUCGGACGUGACGGCUAUAAGUCAUCCUUACAAUUCGGCCCACCCCGCCGCUUCCGAGAGCAAUUUUGUUUAUGGGAAUUACUUGACGCCGCAGGACGCGACCGGCGACUCGCAGGAGUAUUGGCAGCCCGAUCUCUUGAACUGCAACAUGUGCCAAAAUAGACAGGAGAGAAACUCGAAGAAGGAGCCACCGGCUCGACAGUUGAGUAAUCCCUGCGAGGAGAGAGUGUGUGAGUAUAGGAGGAAGAGAAUAUUGCACGAUCGCGAUCUGACGGUCAAGCACAAGACCAAGAGGAGCGACGAGCAGAAAUUGCUGAGCGGCCAACAGCCGGAUAGUUUGAGUAUAGCCGGGCCGUCUAGAUCGUCGGAUCAUCCUAUCUCGAACAAUAUGACGAGGUCGGCGGAGAACCCGGAUGUUUUACAAAAUUUAGGAAGUGAUAAUGCCAAUGAGUCUAAUAGUUUGUACCAUUCAGUUAUGUCAAGUGUGAUAACGCCUCAAGAGAUGCAUUCAUCUCAAAGUGACGAUACACCGUCGGCGCCAGAUUUGCAACUCGAUUGGUCCUCCAGUAGUGAUAGCGACGACGAGGACGGCUCAGUUGAGGUACUUGGAACUGUCAACCAUAACGCAAAGAAUUCAUUAGAAAAUACAAACGAAGAUAAUCGUACAGUCACCGUAGUUGACUUAACAGUAGAAUCUGACGAAGAGCACACGUCAUCUACGCCAACAAAUCCUGUAGUUAACCCAUGGUCAACAGAUUAUAAUCAUAGAAAUAAUACCCACUGUGUGCAUGGAUCACCAGAUUAUUGGAAUCAUCUGCAUAACAUGCAUAAUAGAGGCACGUAUCACAAUCACAGAUUGCCUGUUCAUACAGGUUAUUCGUCUAUAGGAGACGCAGCUACGGAAGUGGUACAAGUAAGACCACGAAUGCAUCCUGUGCAAGAACGAUUGUGGAUAAAUCAGCAACGUGUGCAAGAGCAACAUAGACGAAGACUUUACCCCAGAUCUUCGUCUCAUCACACUGCGGGACCAUGUAACGCUCACGUGCAUUCAUCGACGCAACACACUUGCGGAGAGGGAGAGAACAGUAGCCCCCCGAAUACUCGGUGCAAUAAUGGAACGGACAGCACGGCGUAUACGGAAAAUUAUCUCCCACCUCCUAUUUUACCGCCGCCGCAGCAGCCUACUGUUUACAGUCAUCCCGAGGCUCGAGGACCAUCUAGCUUCUAUAGGGGACCAUGCCCAGUGCUGCCUAUAAUCGUAAAUCCGCUGAAUAAUCAGCCAGUAGACUCGAUGUCUUCGCUGAUGUUACCGUCGAUACAUCAACCGAUACACCAACAUGUGCAUCAUCAUAUGUAUCAUUACGAUCCGCAUCAACGGCCGUCGCAACGCAUGCAUCAUGUACACAUUAGUUUCCAUCCCCCUCAUAUGCAAGGAUCUGCAGCACACCAGAUAGUGCCGUAUGCACCGAGUAUGUCGGAAUUUGUAUUGCAAGGGACACGUCAUAUCUCGACGCGAGAUAUGUCUCGACUGGACAAUUACAUACGCAUUGCUGACUUUCGACGUAUGGCUCAUAUAAGUUGUGGGGCUACACAAGAGUCCAUUGAGAGCCACACAUUCCCUCACAAAUAUAAACGGGUAAAAAAGGUAGAAAAUGGGGAAGAUGCUAUUGAGAAAUGUACAAUAUGUUUAUCCGAAUUCGAAGAUUGCGAACGCGUCAGGAGGCUUCCAUGUAUGCAUUUAUUUCAUAUUGACUGCGUUGAUCGAUGGUUAUGCACCAAUAAACGUUGUCCUAUAUGUCGAGUGGAUAUCGAAAUAUUUCUCCAUAAGGAAUUUACUACUUCGAAUGAACCAUGAACAUAGUUUAAGGUUUCCCAUAUCUGCCUCUUUUUGAAAUGUAAUCAGGUAACGUGUAUAUGAUAUCAAAUAUUUCAAGAUGGUCCAUCCAGGGGAAAAAAUGCACUGGGUUACCACUACUAUUACGAAAUAAUGAUGUAAAAAUGUUAUGGAUAAUCAAAAUAACGAAGCAUCAGCUGAGUUCCUCAAGAA